AUGAGACUAUCAAAGAAACUUUUGAGCGUAGCAAGAAUGCACGCCCAAGCUACAUUACCAAUCAACAGAUGUUUCAAUUCUUCUCGAUACUAUCAAAUUGCUAACAUUCCGAAAGAUAUUGGAAAAGUAUCUUCAACUUUCCAAAUUCCUUCACUUUCUGCUCUUCAAAGUAAAACAUUGGAGGUUGUAUCAAAGGAUAAUAGUAAGGAUGUCUUCAUUGAAGCACCAAUUUUUUCUGGUAAGACUUUGGCCUAUCUUGUUCCAACCUUUGAAUUAGUUUCUCAAGCAAUCAAAUCAGAGAGAUGGGCAGAAAGACCAGGCUUCCGUGCCCUCAUUGUUGUUCCAACUCGUGAAGCAGCUAUUGCUGUUGGUUUCCAAAUUGACAAAUAUAUUUCAUCACUCCCUGUUGAAGAACGUCCUUUGGCUCCUGUAACUAAAGGAAAUACAGACACUUACACAUUCAAGUCAACAAAGAAGGAAGGACACGAAAUUAUUGAAGACCACCAAGGAUAUUCCGCUUAUGAAAAGUCUAUUACUCGUAGAGAAAAUGUUUAUGGACUUUCAUAUGCUGUUAUUUGCGGAGGAAAGAGUAUGGAACAAGAAAUUACUAUGCUUGAUGCAAGCGAGCCAGAAAUUAUUGUUGCAACACCAGGCAGACUUUUGGACCACAUGAAGAAUUCUGAUUACUUCCGUAAUUGUAAGAUUGUUGUUGUUGAUGAUUGUCAACUCUUCAAGGGUGAUGUCGAAGGAGUUAUGGAUAAGGUUUUUGAAAAUAUUCCACAAACAACCCAAAGAGUUUUUGUUGGAACCGCCGAACCUUUCAAGAAAUAUUUGAGAAAUAGUGAUAAUGUAGAACUCAUCUCAUCUACUGAAUCAGUUUCAAAGAGUGACGUUAAACAAUCAAUCAUCAAGACACAAAAUACUGCUGAAUCUUUGAAAGUUUUACACCAAAUUUUGUCUCAAAACAAGCACAAGAAGGUUGCUGUUUUUGGUGAAAACUCUCAAAUUAUUCACACACAUUACUUGAUGGCUGAAAAUGGAAUCUUUUCUCUCCUAAUUGCUAGUAAGAUUGCUCCUUCCAGAUCAUUGACAAGUUUUAGUAAUUUUAAUCAACAACAAAAUGGUAUUGCAUUCUGUUCAAAUAUUGCCUGCCAAAUGACUCCUGAUGUGGAUUUGGUCAUUCAUUUAGGAGCUCCAGAAACUCAAGAAAAGUACGAAAGUAGACUUUCUCGAACCUAUUCUAAGAAUCAAUCUCAAUCUAUUGUCUUGGCCUCCCAAAUUCCAGACUUUUUGAGCAAUGUACAAAUUGUUCAAACACCAUCUGCAUCUUCUGAUUUUAUUGCUAAACAACUCAGAGUUCCUUCAAUCCAAAAAGUUAACGGUGAGAAUUUGUUGAUCUCUUUAAUUUUGAGAAGACAAACUACUACACCAGAAGAAAAGAAACAAGCUGUAGAGCAAGCUAUUAAGGAUUUGAAAGAUUUUGGUUUUGUGGAAUUACCUAAAUUGCCAAAACAACAAGCUAUCAAACUUGGUUUUGAAAAAGAAUUGCUUGACGCAGGAUUGCUGGAAUAA